GAAUCGAUUCCAACGUAAAUCUCGAGUAAUGGAGUCUCCCUCACCACCUCCUCCCUCACCACUGCUGGCAGGGUUUGACGACGACGUUUUGGGACUGAUCCUCGUCACGGCGGCGCUCGCAGCCAUCGCCGGCGCGUACCUCGUGGUGGUGGGGCAACGCCGCGACAGGACUGCAAUCCAUGAAAUCCAUCCGGACAAUCGGGAAAGAAUUUCCCAGCUGAGACAGAACCACGUGGGCCGAUACCGUGGUAGUGAUGGUGGUGGUGAUGCUGGUGGUGAUGCUGGUGAUGAUGAUGGUGAUGAUGGUGAUGGUGGUGAUGUGUCAUGCCCAGUCUGCCUUCUGAGAGCCUCGUUCCCAAUCGAAACAAAUUGUGGACAUCUCUUCUGUGGUGAGUGUUUGGUGAGUUACUGGCAUCACGGGUCCUGGCUGGGACGGGUUACUUGCCCCAUCUGUCGACAGCAGGUGUCCGUGAUGUUCAUUCUGGGUCCGCGUGACUCAGCUCCUGCCGACACGGAGAGACACAUCCGGGAGUACAACAGUCGCUUCUCUGGGCAGCCUCGUCCGUGGCUCGACUACCUGUGGGACCUUCCCACCGUCCUCCGGCACGCGUGCCGUGAGCUCUUCUCGCUGUCGGGCCUCGUGUGGAUGUUCCGUGCCCGGGUGCUGCUCCUCGCCGCGGGCGGCCUCCUCUACGUCGCCUCGCCGCUUGACGUCGUGCCCGAGGCCGCCUUCGGCCUGCUGGGCCUCCUGGACGACGUCCUCAUCGUCGCCCUGCUACCGGUCUACGUCUCCGUCAUUUACCUGCGGCACGUGGCCCAGCAGGCCGCCCGCCACGGCUGAGGGUAGCGGCGGAGGUGGCGUGAGGUGGGGUGGGAGGAGGGAGGAGAGGCC